UUUGUUAUCUCUUACUGCUCAUUAUUUGGUUUCAAACAGUGUGGAGCAAACCAGCAGGAUGCUGCUGUCACUUACACCUUCUGAGGCGGCUGCACUCAAGGAAGGGAUAAAUUUCCUAAAGAACAAAACGGAUGGGAAGAAUUACAUCUUGUACAAGGACAAGGACACGCUCCGUGCAUGCAAGAACUUGUGCAAGCACCAAGGAGGAUUGUUUAUUAAAGAUAUUGAAGAUCUGACACAAAAAUGUGUACGUUGCACUAAGCAUAACUGGAAGCUGGAUGUGAGCACAAUGAAAUACGUUAACCCCCCAGACAGCUUCUGCCAAGAUGAACUAGUUGUUGAAACAGGUCCAGAUAAUGGAUUGGUGCUAGUUGAACUGAAUCCUCCAAAUCCAUGGGAUACAGAACCCAGAGAGCCUGAAGACCUGGCUUUUGGGGAGGUGCAGGUAACUUACGUAACUCAUGCAUGUAUGGACCUGAAACUUGGAGACAGAAGAAUGAUCUUCGAUCCAUGGCUCGUUGGCCCUGCUUUUGCACGCGGCUGGUGGUUGCUUCAUGAGCCGCCGGGCGACUGGCUGGAAAGACUGUGUCGUGCAGAUCUAAUUUACAUCAGCCACAUGCAUUCUGAUCAUCUCAGUUACCCUACAUUGAAGAAACUUGCGGAGAGGAGGCCAGAUGUGCCCAUUUAUGUUGGAAAGACAGAACGGCCUGUAUUCUGGUACCUCAAACAGAGUGGUGUAAAGCUGACCAAUAUUAACAUUGUCCCAUUUGGAGUUUGGCAACAGGUGGACAGGAAUCUUAGAUUUAUGAUACUGAUGGAUGGUGUUCAUCCUGAAAUGGAUACUUGCAUCAUUGUUGAAUAUAAAGGGCACAAAAUUCUGAAUACAGUGGACUGCACAAGGCCCAAUGGUGGAAAGCUUCCUGAGAAGGUUGACCUCAUGAUGAGUGACUUUGCAGGUGGAGCGUCAGGAUUCCCAAUGGUAUACAGCGGAGGAAAUUUCACUGAGGAGAAGAAAGCCCAGUUUAUUAAAAUCGAAAGGAAGAAGCUGUUGAAUUACAAGGCCCAGCUAGUUACUGAUCUGAAGCCCAAAAUCUACUGUCCUUUUGCGGGAUAUUUUGUCGAAGCUCAUCCUUCUGACAGUUACAUCAAAGAAACAAAUCUCAAAAAUGACCCAGAGGAGUUGAACAGACUAAUUAAAAAAAAAUCUGAAGAAGUUUCAACAUGGACACCAAAACCUGGAGCCACUUUGGACCUGGCAAGGAUGCUCAGAGAUCCAACAGACAGUUUAAGAAUUGUUGAUCCUCCAGAAGGGACAAAAAUUUUCAAGGACUCAUGGGAUUUUAAGCCAUACUUACACACUCUUGGAGCUGCAGUUGAUGAUGAUAUUUUUCUCUAUCCUUCCUGGGUGAAAGAAUAUUAUCUAUGGGCUGGAUUUAAAGGCUAUAACCUUGUGAUAAGGGUAAUAGAAACUGAUGAUGAUUUCAGUCCUUUGCCUGGAGGGUACAACUACUUAGUGGAUUUUUUGGACUUAUCUUUUCCAACCGAAAUACCAAACCGGGACUGUCCAUUUGAGGAAAUAAAAGCCCGAGUUAGUGUAAUGAGGCACACAGUGAAACAUGGAUUGCUCUGGGAUGAUCUGUAUAUAGGAUUCCAAACCAGGCUACAACGUGACCCUGACAUAUAUCAUCACCAGUUUUGGAAUCAUUUCCAAAUAAAACUUCCUCUGACCCCACCAGUCUUUCUUGGCCCAAUGCAAACAAAAUCUGAAUUGAAAGAAAAUUGUUGUGCAGCCAACCAAGUUGAUGAUAAGUGCCUGCCUACUAACGUUUAGUCUUCUCUGUAUCCUCUGUGGAAAAGUGAAAUGGAUAAAAACUCUGCUAUGGUUACUGAAUAAUUGUGUCCCUAUACUAUGUGAAUUUCCUCUAAAAACAAUUUAAGAUCCACACACCCUCCCUUCUGUCAUUGAUUUUCUUUGCGAGUACUACCUAGAAGUACUACCUGAAACUAUUUGGUUGGUGUAUGGAAUUUUGGGAUACUAAAAUUGUUUUAACUACUUGUUGCCUAGAAAAACCUUGGUUAUGGGGUGAUGAAAUAAAAGCAAUAAAUCAACUAGGCUGUGUGCACCUUACCAUUUACUGUAGCUCCAGUGGACUUCAGCUGGUUAGAGCAUGGUGCUGAUAACACCAAGGGUGCAGGUUCGAUCCCCAUAUGGGACUGCUGCAUAUUCCUGCAUUGCAGGGCGUUGGACUAGAUCAGGC